AUGGGACACCUCCACAACAGUCUUAGACCAUGGAACACCUCCACAACAGUCUCAGACCAUGGGACACCUCCACAACAGUCUCAGACCAUGGAACACCUCCACAACAGUCUCAGACCAUGGAACACCUCCACAACAGUCUCAGACCAUGGAACACCUCCACAACAGUCUCAGACCAUGGAACACCUCCACAACAGUCUCAGACCAUGGGACACCUCCACAACAGUCUCAGACCAUGGGACACCUCCACAACAGUCUCAGACCAUGGAACACCUCCACAACAGUCUCAGACCAUGGGACACCUCCACAACAGUCUCAGACCAUGGAACACCUCCACAACAGUCUCAGACCAUGGGACACCUCCACAACAGUCUCAGACCAUGGGACACCUCCACAACAGUCUCAGACCAUGGAACACCUCCACAACAGUCUCAGACCAUGGGACACCUCACACAUCCAAACCACACAGUCUCAGACCAUGGACACCUCCACAACAGUCUCAGACCAUGGACACCUCCACAACUCAGACCAUGGAACACCUCCAACAACAAGACCAUGGGACACCUCCACAACAGUCUCAGACCAUGGACACCUCCACAACAGUCUAGACCAUGGGACACCUCACACAGACCAUGGGACACCUCCACAACAGUCUCAGACCAUGGGACACCUCCACAACAGUCUCAGACCAUGGGACACCUCCACAACAACAUGGGACACCUCACAACAGUCUUAGACCAUGGGACACCUCCACAACAGACCAUGGGACACCUCCACAACAGUCUUAGACCAUGGGACACCUCCACAACAGUCUCAGACCAUGGGACACCUCCACAACAGUCUCAGACCAUGGGACACCUCCACAACAGUCUUAGACCAUGGGACACCUCCACAACAGUCUUAGACCAUGGGACACCUCCACAACAGUCUUAG